AUGCGCCUCAGCUCAAUUGGUGAUGGCACCUCACUCUUUCCAGCACACUGGAUUCCUGAAAUGAUCGCCAAAGCGAAGCGUACGCGCCUUACGAUUGCACAGAAAAUCGAGGUUGGGCAUCUGCUGCAGGUCAAGAAUGCGAAUACCACAGUUCUGCGUCAGUUCAAAAUUUCGGAGAGAACCAUCCGAAACAUCAAACUCUCUCUUCCUUCACUCCAACAAAUUGUGGCCAACACCGCUACAACGCUCGGAACAAAAACUUUGCACCCUGCGCAUUACCCUGCCCCACUCUUGAAGCUCACUUGA